UGCUCGACUGUCGAGGACAAGAUCCGCGUCGAGAACCAGACGCUUAAGCAUCUGAUUAAGAAGUGUUUGGACACUAUUGACAAAUGUCUUUGCAUUGAUAAGAGUAUUAUUGCUGAGAAACAAGACAUUAAUGUCUUAAUCAAUGGUUACAACGAAUGGCUGUUUGAUAACCAAGACUUGGAUGAAUUGGACACUAAAAAAGAGGACUACGAAGACAUGUUUGACCACUGCUUUGAUGCGGUGAUGGACUUACAAAGCGAUGGCGACGACGAAGAGUACAAUCCAUUAAAUGACUCGAAACCUAAACGAUUAUCGAUCUCAAGAGGAAUAAGACCACAGAAUAGUUCAAUACUUGCGAGCAAUUGGGUUAAGAAGAAGUACAGAAAACACAAGACAGUGACCGCCGGUGUGAUCACUGUCUGCGAUUGGCCCGAAUGUGGCAAACAAUUCAGAAAUAGCUAUAAUUUCCAACAGCACCGCAACAAACAUCUCGGUGUUAAUAAAUACCAGUGCGAUUGGCCCGGCUGUGAAGAGACGUUUGCUAAGAAAGUGAAUUACGAUAUGCACACGAGUUUACACACCAAUGAAAAGAAAUUUAAAUGUCAUUUUCUGGGCUGUCAUUACGAGACCUGUCGUAACAAUCUGUGCAAAUGGGUCGGUAGUGAUGGCAAUGCCUGCAACUGGGCUUUCCGUCAAUCAACUCACCUGAAGGCACAUAUGCUUAAGCACACAGGAGAGCGUCCCUACCGGUGCGAGUGGCCCAAUGGUCAGUGCGACCGCAGCUUUGCUUCCCGUCAGGCCAUGAGAUUUCAUUCGCAAAAAUCCCAUAAUUUUAUUAUUCCUCAAAAAUGA